GAAAUGAAACACUGCAUACGGGUCGUCAUCAUCUCUCUUAUUGUAUCUCAUCGUAUCGUCAAUGGAGGCGUCCAACUCCUCUCCAAAUCGAAGCUCGAAAAAUGCGAAAAGGUUUCUGAUAAGAACGAGGUUCCUCUUAACUGCACCAGAAAAAUCCUCAUCAACAUGGCUGUUCCUAGUGAAUCAAGCGGCAAAGAAGCAUCGAUUGUGGCCCAAGUGGUGGAGGUGGAGGAAAAUUCGACUGAUAACAUGAGAACGCUCCGGGUUCCGCCGGUGAUUACUGUUAAUAAGUCCGCCAUCUAUGCGCAAUAUAAGUUGACGUACAUUAGAGAUGUUCCUUAUAAACCUAAUGAGCUAUAUGUUAAGACACGCAAGUGUGAGCCCGAUGCUGGUGCUAAUGUUGUGCAGUUUUGUGAGAGGUUACGAGAUGAGGAGGGACACAUUAUUGAGCGCACUCAGCCAGUUUGUUGUCCUUGUGGCAACCAGCGUAGGGUGCCUUCAUCGUGUGGAAAUUUUUUUGAUAAGAUGGUGAAAGGAAAGGUCAAUACAGCACAUUGCCUCCGUUUUCCAGGUGAUUGGUUCCAUGUGUUCGGCAUUGGGCAGUACUCAGUUGGGUUCAGUAUACGGGUCGAAGUCAAGACAGGAUCUAGAAUCUCUGAAGUAAUCAUCAGUCCUGGGAAUAGAACCGCCACGUCAACUGAUAACUUUUUACGAGUGAAUCUCAUUGGGGACUAUGUUGGAUACAGUGACAUACCAUCUUUUGAAAAUUACUUUCUUGUUGUUCCAAGACAGGGUAACAAAGGUGAACCACAAGAUUUGGGAAGGAACUUUUCUAUGUGGAUGCUUCUUGAGCGAGUCAGGUUCACAUUAGAUGGCCUUGAAUGUAACAAAAUUGGUGUCAGCUAUGAAGCUUUUAAUGGGCAGCCAAAUUUCUGUACUGCUCCAUUUUGGAGUUGUCUGCAUAAUCAGUUGUGGAAUUUCUGGGAUGCAGACCAAAAUAGAAUCAGACAAAAGCAGGUUCCUCUUUAUGAUGUACAAGGGAGAUUUGAAAGGAUAAAUGAGCACCCAAAUGCAGGAAGUCAAUCAUUCUCAAUUGGAAUCACUGAAGUUCUUAAUUCAAACCUUUUGAUAGAACUGAGUGCUGAUGACGUAGAGUAUGUGUAUCAAAGGAGUCUUGGAAAGAUUGAAAGUAUCACAGCCCCAACUUUUGAAGCUCUUACUCAGUUCGGGACUGCCACGAUCACAGCUAGAAAUAUCGGUCAAGUGGAAGCAUCAUACAGCUUGACGUUUGACUGCUCGGUAGGUGUGAGCAAGAUGGAGGAACAAUUUUUCAUUAUGAAGCCUAAAGAAGCUGCAACCAGAACUUUUAAGUUGUACCCAACGACUGAUCAAGCUGUGAAGUAUGUAUGUGCAGCUAUAUUGAAGGAUUCUGAUUUUCAUGAAGUUGAUAGAGCAGAGUGCCAGUUCACAACCACAGCUACAGUUCUUGACAACGGAUCACAGAUUCCAUUUGAACCACCAAAGAAUGGUAUUAAAGGUUUUUUUGAAUCUAUUGGAGAAUUGUGGCACAAUCUUUGGGAGAAUAUGAUCGACUUUAUCACUGGGAAAACUUGCAGAAUGAAAUGCUCUGGGCUUUUUGACUUCCAUUGCCAUAUACAAUAUCUCUGUAUGAGAUGGGUGUUGAUGUUUGGUCUGCUUUUGGCAAUCGUCCCCACAGUGAUUGUCCUGUUCUGGCUUUUACAUGACAAUGGACUUUUUGAUCCUUACUAUGACUCAUGGGAAGAUCAAUUUUGGGAUGAUGAGCGAAAAGUCCGACACAUUAGACACCAUCGUUAUGAUGACUUCUUGGAAGUCCAUUCUAGGAAACAUCAUAGGGGCAGUGCUCAUAAAAGGCGAAGAAGUGUACAUCAGGAACAUAGGCAGAAUCAUCUUAGCCGGGAUAACGACUAUCAUCAUCAUCAUCCUCAUCAUCCUCAUCAUCAUCACCACCACCACCAUGUUAAGAAAGAAAAGCACAAACAUGGUCAAAUUAAGGGCUCGGAUAUCAUGCAACCACUAUAUGUUGACAAAGAGGAAGAUGAUUUCAUUAGUAAUCGAAGACAUAAAAAAGAAAGAGAUAUUAUGGAAGAACUAAACAAAUCUUCUGGACAUGAUGAUGAGAUCCUGAAGGAGCAUCACAGGCACAAACAUGUUCUAAGAGAUGACAGACCCCAUAAGCAUCAGCAAUCUAAGAGAAGGAAUCAGAGGAAUCAGAUAUCAUGAAUUCUUGUUUUAAUCAAUUAACAUGUCGACUCCUGCUUCAUUGUUAUGU